AUGCCAUCCACUAUACCGCCCGGCCUCGCACACUUAGAGUACACCAUGGAGAGCAUGCAUCAACAGCAGAUCUGUCUUUCAUCUCAUGUUUCAGCACCAGCAACUUCUGGGUCGAGUGAUAUCAAGGUCCCCCCCAACGAGCUCCUUGUCGCAGGCAUGAAUGGCACCGGGACACAACUACAGUGUGGAUACCUCACAGGCACUGCCGGUCCGCAGUACAACUCUGCCUUUGCACUUCAAAGUUGGCGACCCAUUGCCACUCACUUUGGCAGUGCAUGUUUAAGUCAGGUCGUUAUGGGCAGGUCUCCAAUCAAGCAGGAGGAAAUUGAUUCUGCUAGGUGGAUUGUUGGCAAACGUGGAGCCUCGCAUGGAGUCUAUAUCACAGAGUCCGGUACAGUGGUCAAAUAUGGCCAUCAUGUCCAAGCUGAACGAGAGGCUCGAGCGAUGAGCUUUGUCCGUAGGGCCUGUCCGCAGGUUCCUGUGCCAGAAGUGCUUGGCUGGUGGGAAGAAGGAGAAGGCAAAGACCGUGUAGGACAUUUGGCAAUGUCGUUGAUUCCUGGGGAUAUGCUCAUUAAAAGCUGGCCGACCAUGGAUCAAGUGCAGCGGGAUAGUAUCCUAAAGGAUCUAGAGGAGAUACUGCAUCAACUACGGACACUCCGUGCUCCAUCAACAGCUGUGAUUGGUCCUGUCGACGGUACAAGUCCUGCUGCCGAUGUUCGAGACGGCCAUGCUGAAUUUGGCGGCCCUUUCAAGACUGAGUCUGACUUCAAUGAAUGA